GGAAAUUAAACAGAGCUGGAAAAUAAAGACAAUAAAAGAGAGAGAGAAAACAUAUAGCGUGUGUGUAUAUACAUAUAUUAUGGGCAAUAGUAGCCUCCGGUGUUGCUUGGCUUGCGUUCUUCCCUGCGGAGCGCUCGACUUGAUCAGAAUCGUCCAUAUAAACGGGCAGGUGGAGGAAUACAGCCGGCCCGUCACGGCCCAGGAGGUGCUGGAGGCGAAUCCUAACCAUGUCAUAACCAAGCCGUCGUGCUCCCAGGGCGGCGCGGCGCGCAAGAUCAUGAUCUUGUCGCCGGGGUCAGAGCUGAAGCGGGGGAGUAUUUAUUUCUUGAUCCCCGCUUCGGCCCUUCCAGAAAAGAAGAGGAAGAAGAGCCCAGCUGGGAAAAGGAGCCCGAAGGGAGACGUCGAAGCGUCGACGACGACGACGGCGGCGGUCAGGGAGGUAGAUGAUCAAGAUGUCGACCAGUCGACGAAGGACGAAAGUACUCCUAAAGAGGGAAAAGGAAGAGGCCAUCACCGCCGUCGGAGCGGCCGCAUCGCAGUGUGGAAACCUCAUCUUGAGAGCAUCCAUGAGGAUUAAUGAGUCCAGAUUGAUUGCAUGGGUUUUUUCAUUUAUUUUCUUCUGUUUUUUCUUUUUCCUACUUUGGUCUCCGUUUGAUAAUUUCCUUUUCCUUUUCUUUUUUACCCCCCUCUCUCUUCUUGUGGAUAACAAGUGUAAAUUUCUUCUCACGUUAUCGUCUCAAGGAAGUGAGUUACUGAGCAGAAGUUGCGGAGCUCGUCGUGUAUUUUUAUGAUGAUAAUUUGCAUGCGGAACAAUAUGAAUAGAUGUACGUCUUCAAUCAUGUACAUUUUAUUAGCAAAUAAAAUUGAUGUUGGUAGAAAUGGUUAGGAUUUUAAAUGUAUAUUUAUAAAAACGAAA